UCAGGAGGGCGCGAGGAAGUGUCUGAGCAGAGGCUGGGGCCGCUGGAGGGAAGCCUGCAGGAGCCAGGCCUCCUCCUCCUCCCGGGUCCUGGGAGCUGCUGCGGCCGCCGCGAGAAGCGCUGGACACCUCCGGCCCUGCCGGCUCGCCUCCCCGAGGCUGCCAGCCGGAGCUCAGGGUGCUUGGCUGAGCCCGGCACCCCGGGGUGGGACCCCGGCUGACCUCUGCGCGCCGCAGCAUGGAAGACGGUGGCGAGUACGACGGCUACUAUGGGGCGGACAACCAGUCUGAGUGUGAGUACGCCGACUGGCCGCCCUCCGGCGCCCUCAUCCCCGCCAUCUACAUGGUGGUCUUCGUCCUGGGCACGGCGGGCAACGGCCUGGUGCUCUGGACCGUCUUCCGCAGCGGCCGCGACCGGCGGCGGGCGGCCGACGUCUUCAUCGCCAGCCUGGCGGUGGCCGACCUCACCUUCGUGGUGACCCUGCCGCUCUGGGCCACCUACACCUACCGGGACUACGACUGGCCCUUCGGGGCCUUCGCCUGCAAGCUCAGCAGCUAUCUCAUCUUCGUCAACAUGUACGCCAGCGUCUUCUGCCUCACCGGCCUCAGCCUGGACCGCUACCUGGCCAUCGUGAGGCCGGUGGCCAACGCCCGGCUGCGGCCGCGGGUCGGCGGCGCCCUGGCCACGGGCGGCCUGUGGGCGCUGGCCGGCCUGCUGGCCCUGCCCGUGCUGGUCUUCCGCGCCACGGGCGCCGUGCUGCAGGCGGAGAACGCCACCAGGGUGCAGUGCUACAUGGACUACUCACUGGUGGCCGGCCCCGACGCCGAGUGGGCCUGGGAGGUGGGCCUGGGCGUCUCGUCCACCGCGCUGGGCUUCGCGGGGCCCUUCGCCGUCAUGCUGACCUGCUACUUCUGCAUCGGCCGCACGGUGGCCGGCCACUUCGGCAAGGAGCGCGCGCGCGGCCUGCGCAAGCGCCGGCGGCUGCUGGCCAUCAUCGCGGUGCUGGUGCUCACCUUCGCGCUGUGCUGGCUGCCUUACCACCUGGUGAAGACGCUCUACGUGCUGGGCAGCCUGCUGCGCUGGCCCUGCGCCUUCGACCUCUUCCUCAUGAACGUCUUCCCCUACUGCACCUGCGUCAGCUACGUCAACAGCUGCCUCAACCCCUUCCUCUACGCCUUCUUCGACCCCCGCUUCCGCCAGGCCUGCGCCUCCGUGCUCUGCUGGGGCCGCCGGGGCUGCGGCGGCGCCUGGCGCGCGGGCGGCGGCGGCGGCGGCGGCGGCCGGGGCGGCCGGGGCGGCGGCGGCGGCGGGGACAAGUCGGCCAGCUCCUCCUCCUCGGCGUCGUCGGGGCAGAGCCAGGGCCCCGGGCCGGGCGGCGCGGGGAAGGGCGGGGAGCCGACGCCGGAGAAGUCCAUCCCCUACAGCCAGGAGACCCUCGUGGUGGACUAGGGCCGGGGUCCCCCCCGCCCGGGCCCGGGGCCCCUUGCUGUCUGAAGGGCGGGGAGCUGGCGAGCGGGCGGGGGCGCCCCUUCUCUCGUGCGCUCCACGCCUCUCUCCUCCCCGCGUCGGUCUUGUCCUGCUUCCUCCCGGGGAAGUGCUUCUUCAGAGGUUUGUGGUUUUAGAGGGAAAGAGAUGGAAGCCCGCAGCCCCGGCGCUCCGCCACUCAGUCUCCGCGAGACUGACCUUGCCCGGCUCUGAAAUCCUCCCAGCCUCAGUUUCUCUCCGUGCAGAUAAAACGGAGAAACUGAAAUGAUGUGCGCCCCGGCUCCAUCAAAGUUCAUUCCAUCACCCCCCUCCCCGGCCCCUGAAACUGAAGUGGUGUGCCUCCCGGCUCCCAUCAGAUUUCAUUUCCCCCCAGCGUCUUCCUGGAUCUCCAGCUUCCCCCACCGUUUCCUUUUGGUUUUCGCCCUCUUUUCGUCCUUCUGUUCCCCUCCCCGCCCCCACCAAGUGCAAUUUCUCCUCUUGAAUCCUGACCUUUUGGCUCCCACAUCCUCCCCCACGGCUCCUCCGCCUCCCCCCUCUGUCUCUCUCUUUUUACCUCCUUGUUCUGAAGGGGCCCUAAGGGUUAAGGCGUCUGAAGCUUGCAGACACACUGCCCGGUUCAAGCUCUUUGUCCCUGAGGCCCCCGGGAGGGAAUGGACCUGGCUGAGAAUGGCUGGAUGUCAGCAAAGUUGCGGCUCCUGACUCUGCAGCUGUGAGCGCCAGAGCUUUCACUCCAACUUGAUGGGUUCAUGAGUAUUUCAGUCCCUGGAGGUCGAGCGAUGCGUGAAGGGGGCCUCCCUUCUUGCAGCCCACUGACUAGACACUCUUUCUACAUGUGUCCUUAGCCCCUUUUAUUCAUCCUCUCUUUUCCGCAGGGACGGGAAGGCAGUGGGGUUGGUGCAGCAGCAGGCUCCUUGGCUUCACGGUAUGAGUGGGGAGUUGGGAAGGGGAAAGGAGAAAGACAGGGCAUCUGCGUUUGGUCUAAAGGCUGCUCGGGCCCCCUCCGCAAAUCCUCAUCUCUCCAACCUCCUCCAGACCGGUGAGCAGCCGACCUCUCCCUGUCUCUCCAUCCGACAUCCCCAGGACAUUCUUCUUGGGCGCUGGCCUGAGUGGCUGCCAAGGGUCCCUUUGAUGGGGGGGGGGGGGGGGAACGCCUGCUUUGUGUGUGUGCACGUGUGUCAACAAGGAUGGGCGUAACCUGAAGAGCUGGGUGCCUGGGUCACUUGUCCCCUGGAUGAACACCCUCUGCUCUGCACAUCUCUGCUCUUCACACAGUAUCCUUGAGGGAAGAAGGGACAUCGGAGGCAAUUUAGAAUGAGUCCACCCCCACUGGUUUGGGGGGCUCUGACGGCUGGUCCGCGCAUUAAGAGAGAAGUAUGAGUGUGCACCCAGGCUCCCUGUAGGGAAUCCCUCCUCAAGGCAGCUGGCGUGUAAAGCUUAAAGAAGUCCUGGACCCUGGGUCCCUCUGCCACAGUCCCUGGUUCCAAGGGGGAGAUGGGAGAGAGCUUCAGAGGUUCCCUUGACUCCUUUCCCACGCCUGCCAACCUUGUUUUGAAUUUAUAAGCAUUUUCUUCAGCACCCUUUGUUUUUCCAGGGUCAGUGGCCCUCUUCCUGGUGAUGGUGGGGGACGGUGGCUGCCUGGGGUGGAAAACCCUGGGUGGGUUUUUCCUGACCUCCCCAUCAGGGUGGGACCCCCGUGGCCCCUCCUGCUGGGUUGGGGGGCUGGGGCCGGGUGCCGGAGGAUGGAGGCCUCGAGGAUGGAGAUGCUGGCGGGGCCUUUGUGGACCCAGGGCGCGGCGUGCGUAUUCCGGGUUUUGUUCUUGGAGGACGCAGAUCGUAAAGGACAAGACAGGAGCUGCGGGGGCAGGAAGAAGCCAGCUUGAUGUCAGUGGAUGUGCUGACGUUGGCUGGAAUGGAGCCAGCUCCAGAGGCAGAGCGCGGGGUGGAUGGAACGGGCUUCUCUCAGCUCACUCCUUCCAUCUCCAGCCAGGGUCUUCACAGACUCGUGUUCUCAGCCCAGGGCUGUCCCCAGAGCAUCCAGGCGAGGCUGGAGGAAGCUUCCAGAAGGGAGGAGGGGCCUCCUCUGAGGCCCCAUCGGUGGUCCUGGACAGAUGGCGGAGGAGGCAGCCACUGCUCCGCGCGCCCCUUCUUUGGAAUGUCUGUGCUAUUUUUUGACCCUGUUAGUCACUGCGGUUCAUGAAAAAUAAAUCUUUCCGUGUGUGUGUGUGUAA